UCGCGUUCAGAGUCCAUAUGUACGAAGACUCCUGCCAAUUUCACAGAGACAAUUCAAUUUUAGUAUCGUGCCGUGGACACGUCCACGGUCUACGGACAUCAGCAUUCUUCUACGAGUGUUUUCCUGUGACAGAUAGUGAUAAUUAUAAUGGAUAAAAUGGAGCAUCCGCCGCAACCUGGUUUUAAUACGUCAAUGCCAUACCCUUAUCCGCAGCCACCACCACCACCACCGCCACAACAACCAAGUAUCAUUAUAACGAACCAAAGUUUUGGUUCAGAAUCACAACCUAUGGUGUGUCCACAUUGCCAUGCUAACAUAUCCACGCGUGUGGAGACGGAAGCGACUAUGAAAACACAUUUGAUGGCGCUACUUCUUUGUCUUUUCGUAUGCUGGCCUUGUGCACCAUGUCCUUAUUGCAUGGACAGUUGCCAGGCGAAGAAACAUUAUUGUCCAGCGUGCGGCUCUUAUCUCGGAUCGUUCGAUAAUUAAUUAAUCCUAAAUUAUAUAAGAAUUCGAAGAGAUACUGCGGCAUUAUCAUCGAUCGAGAUGUAGGCGGUGAAAAAAACAAUUUUAUAUCUUUAUCAUGUAUACUUCAAGUUAAAUUAUAUCUUUUAUAAUACAUAAAGUCAAAUAUAUUUCACCUGCGAUAUGCUUUAUCGUUCUAUUUUUCGACGAUUAAAUACAAUUAUUAUAUAUAAUAUGAUUAAAGAUUAAUUAAUUAUCAUAAGUAAUAUAUCACAACGAUAAAUCUCGAAGUACAUAUUUCGCUUGAUUUAUUAAUUUCAUCAAAUAAAAAUCAAAGAGAGUAACAAGAAUAAAAAUUAUAAAUUAUCACACACAAUAAUUUUUUUUUUUAUAAUAUAUAUAUAGAGUCAUGUAAAUAUAUUUCGCCUGUGAUGUUUUAUCGUUCGAUUUUUCGAUGAUCUAAAUAUGAUUUGGAUUGAGAACACACAAUAAAACAUUCGAAUCGCAUAAUCGAAUAAUUAGCACAACAAAAGGCUUCGUGAUAGAUCUAUUGUUUAAUAAAUAAUUAAAAUAUAAUUUAAAAUAUUUGUAUAAUUUAAUAUUCCGCAUAUACAAUAUUAUACAUUAUAGUACGUAAAAUAUUUCGGCAACAAAUUAUCAAUGUUAUUCGACCUAGGCGGCAAAUAGCGCGCUAUUGUUUACAUGCUACGGCCUUGUUAUUGUUUGUACGGCGAUACUUGAACAAUAUUGUAGUAGUGGGAGACGCGCUUUGUCACACAAAUUCCUUUCCUACCUGUUAUCAUUCGCACGGUGACGCUUGAGCAGUAAACAGUAUAGUAGUGCGAAACGCUUCGUAUAUUGUUAAAUUCUAUUUCUAAACGCGAUCGCUACUAGUAUUGAAACAUAAUUCGCUAUGAUUAUUACAAUUAACAAUUAAUUAACUUUUGAUAAACGGCAUGAAAUUGUAUCGCGAUUAUUUAUCAUUGUGAAUAAAAAGCAAAGCAGCAAGCAUAAAAUUAUA